AAUAGUGUUUGACGAAGUCCGAGUACCAAAUUUGUAUUUUGGUGCACGAGCUGAGUCUUCGACGUGGUAAGGAAUAAGGCAAAAUAUACAUAUUUUUGCUUUUUUUUGUGUAGCUUAAGUAUGUUUUAGAGUGUUAUAUUGUAAAAGCGCUUAAGUAUAGGUAGACGUUUGGAUUUGUUUCGAUGAAGUUUGUCACCUUCGCGUUUCAAAAUAGCGAACGUUAGCUGGUUUAGCUAGUAGCAUUGACGUUAACGUCAGCGCUUCUUCAACUGAUAGGUUAGAUAUUCACUUCAUUUAUGGGGUUUAUAUACACCACACAUUUACAACUGAGCUUUAUUUGUAACUGUAAUUUUACCUGAGAAUAUUUAAAGACUGUUCCCACCCCGUUGUUGAUGUUAUUAAGGCCAGAUCCAAACUUAAGACUCCACGUCCACUGACUGUUUCCAGGUCUGUUUAAAUUAUCAGAGAUGAUGGAUGCUCUGUCUGUGGUGAGCCAGCUCCGAGACCUGGCCUCUGAGCCUCAGAACCGGGAGGUGAUAGUCCAGGAUCAGGGCUGUCUUCCUGGGCUGGUUCUCUUCCUGGACCACAAGAACCCUGAGGUUCUGUUUGCGACUCUUCAGGUGAGCAACAGGGGCUGUACUGAUGUGUGGAUGAUUCAUAAUGAACACACUAGAAAACAAUGCUGUCUUUAUUGACUGAACUGUAAGUAAAAUCACAACAGGGUCACAGAUAUGUAAUAUUUAAAGGUGGACAAAGUACUCUACUUAAAUACAUAAAGUUAUAAACAUGUAUUCAUGAUGUACUACUCUCCAAACAUCAACUUUAUAUGAAUUGUAUUGGAUUUAGUGCCUCACUAAGCCAGAUGAAAACUGACUGCAUCUUAUUUGCGGGUACACUUGUUAGUUGCACUGAAACGGUGUAAAAUAUGGUUAAUUUUCUUUUCCCUUUUUCCCACAGACCCUGCGGUAUCUGGCUGAGCUGCCCCCAAAUAUUCCAACCAUGAAGAAUGAACUGGGUAUGAUUGUGAGCUUGGAGAAUCUAAUUGAAAGGUAAUGAGGUGUUAAUGUACAGUCGUGUUUCCCCAAACAGUCUGUAAAGGGUUUUCCUUUUAGUUAAUGUAGUUUUAUAUCAAAUUUCUAUUGAAACUUUCCAUGGCGGUGUAGGUCAGUCUCAAAUAUACUGUUGACUUCAAUCUGUUUCUCACACUUAAUUGCCUUUUAGCUCCACUUAAUUCUUUUAAACCCCAGCAAUGUAAAAUUUGAGUGGCCAUUAAUUCUUCACUAGGCUAUCAUUGAAUAUUUCUCUUUACAGGGAGGGCCUCUCUGUUGACAUCACAGCUUUGGCCCAGGAGGUGUUAAGUAUUCUGACCUCACCUCCUAUUCCGGUGGCACGCACACCUGAGAGAGAGAGGAGAAAGAAAUCUCAGUUUUUUAUCAACUCCUCCAACAAGAAGGCCAAGUCUGUCACUCUUCACAUCCAGGGGCUGGACAGCACUGUGAGUAGGCUUACUAAAAACACACACAGACUCCUGUAUAUGACAGUACUUAUUAUUAUUAUUAUUAUCAUUAUUAUUAGCAGUUGAUCAACUAUAAAAGUGUCUUUGUCUUAUAAAGGACCAGCGAAGCUUGUGUGAGGACGCUCUCCUGACAGUCAAAGGUGUAAUCAGCUUCACCUUCCAGAUGGCCUCCAAAAGAUGCACUGUUCGCAUCCGAUCAGACCUGCCCACUGAGGUGACACACACAAACACACAUGUAGUGUCCACUACUUCGUAUGAAACGAACUUCUUAAAAGAAAAAAAAUAACUUGCACUGUAGUUGUAAUCUGUAAUUCAUUUGCCACUCAUGAACAGGUUGUGAUGGAAACAUAGUUUUUAUUAUCUCACUAACCUCCCUCUCUGAUUUGCAGAGUUUGGCAUCAGCCAUUGCUGCCACCAAAGUGUUGUCAGCCCAACAGGUGGUGAGGAAUGAGGCAGGAGAAGAGGUGAGAGGAAACAAAAGAGAGCGGUUUUUCUAUGAUUUGGCAGUGUGAGAAGUAGGAAAGUGGCAGAGAGCUUGCAUUGAACUUUGACUAUUUUACUGCCAAAACUAAAUAUAUGAAUACUUUUUUUCAGGUUUUUAUUCCUCUGAAUCCAUCUGGAGUGAAAGUGCAGCAGAACUCAUCUCUACCAGACUACCUCCCAGAGGAAGAGGAGAGUCCAGAGAGGGAGGUCGACCGGGCGAUUUCCCGCACUACAGCCAAGGAGGACUCUAACGGAAGCUGGCUCAAUGCUGCAGCUAGCUUUCUCACCAAAACUUUCUACUGGUGAAACUGAACAAUCCCAUUCCUUCAGAAAAAAGUUGAAUAAAACAACUUUAAGGGCUUUUGGGUAUUAGAGUGGACAUUUGGGCCAACACGCUGGCUGCAUGUGCAAGAUUUGAAUGUUAUCAACUUGUCAGGAGUUGUGACAAAAACAUCCUCAACAUGUGAGCAUGUAUUUCUCAUUUUACCUCUGUUAUACUCUUUAUCACUGAACUCUCAUCUGUGGUCUUCCAUGAUGCUAUUCAGUCUUUCAUUUCCACUGAAUGUAAAUAUUUUCUGUCUAAUGUUCAAAACGAACACUUUUCUCACAAGAUAGUUGAAAAAAAUAAAGUUUUGUGUGCUCUACUUUUCUAGAUAAUUAGAGUAGUAUUUUCAGGGUCUCUUCUGUAUUUUGGGGAGUUGUUUAUGCAACAUAAAUAUACAAAAUGAAGUCUUUGGCAUGUCAUUUUUUUCCUCUUAACCUCAGGUGUGUUUUGUGAAUUAAAAAAAGGGAGAAAAUCAUGACAAUUCAGUGAGUGGGUAGUUAAUUCAGAAAGUUUUAUUGACUUGCCAAACAGUACGGCUGCAACAGUUUUACAGUGAUUUUAUAGUUGCUCAAAGAUUUCAUCCCACAGACCCUCUAAAAUAAAGGGUUCAUAAGUCUUCAAAGCCUUGUGGUCAGUCUUAGUAAAAUAUAUCAACUUUUACAUAGAAUUUGUAGGAUAUCUCACAAUAAUAUACUUUACAGCUGAUUUUUCUUUUAGAAAGUACUUUGCAAACUUAGUCAAGUUAGCAUGUUGAAAACAGCAUGCUGUGAACUACUGGCAGAAACAGGCCCUAAAUAAUAUUUCUGAAGUUUCCAUCCAUUUGGUACAACUGUAAGACUUGAACAAAGAAUCUAAAAGUAAAGUUUUCUGAACCCAAAGCACAGAGAGCAGCAUUUUUAGGAGUUUCCUGAAAUGACUGAAGUGAAAGUUGCAGGAUUAUCCCAGUCAUGUCCUGUGAUGAAAAGCUGCAUGAAGGACAUUUUUAACAUUAUUGCUCUUAUAUUCUGUCAUUUAGUCAAACUGACAACCAUUCAUCAUAAACUUGAACAUAAAUCAAGGAAAGAAAGCCACUGGAGACUCAGGGAAUGUAGCAAAUGCGCCAAAGCUCAUAUCGAGAAUGCAAAUCUUCAAUUUCGAAAGAGUAAGUCAGCUCAUUCUUUCCACAACGCUGUAAGGCAAAAGAUCAUUUCCAUCAGCAGCAUUUCUUAUAUCCUUCAUGGAAAUGAUCAAAUAAGUCAGAUUAUUACAGAAUUAACAUCACCCAUGAAUUAAAUCCAGUUUUUACAUGUCUGGUUGAAACAAAAGUGAACUUCCAAAAAUGCUCAGAUUACAGCAUGAGAAGAUGCAGCAUUGAUGUGUUUGUAAAGGGUUAAGAAAUGAGGGGGAAUUACUGAGAGUCAAAGCUUCUUUCAAAUUAAACAACAGGAUAACGACAAAACAAAUCAUCUUAACUGUACAGUAAUUAAAUUAACUAAAAAAAUCAGUAGUUUACACCCUAUUUUUCUGAGAACAGUAUUUUCAUUUUGACAUUAUUCAACUUAAACUUCAUGCUCUGACACCCUGCCUCACCUGGCGAAUAUAUUACACAACACUCUCCUGCAAUCUUAAUACAAAUUCAUGCACUGAUAUUAUCUCAUCUGACGCAUUUCAAUAGAUAUGUGUACACAAAAGAAGGAGAAGGUUCCAGUUUAAGAGAGCAUCAACCUGUAACUCUGAAUCUGUAGUGUGAAUGCUUGUUAUGACGUCACAGCACAGAUUCUGUGUUACAGUAUGCUCUACACAGCGACAAAAUAAUCUCUUCAAGUAUCAUGGCUGAAGACUUUACAGCUGAUCUCAGUUUACAUCAGUACUAGUCUCUCAUUCACACGCACACACCUCAACAUACACACACACAUAUAAACAUCACCAGAGUCACAAGAUGGGAUGGGCGUUCAGUGCCCUCCUGUGAUUUUAGGACAUUCACUUCAGAAAUACGGGGAGUUUGGACUGUGAAAGAACAUCAGAACAGAGUGUAGAGUCAUAGUCUGUGACCAUGACAGAGACCUUUAACCCCCCCGGGAGUUCGUUGAGGGAUGAGAAACUUCUCUCUGGAUAUGCUUUGAGGGAGAUCUUUGGAGACACCAUCUUUGGGAAAUGGCUUCGGUGCUCUUCUGUCACAGGAGGUUGAGAGGGUGAGCCUCUGGAAGGGUCCAGCUGUGACGCUACAAGUCCUUCCUUUGGUUCAGUCCAACAGUUCUGUGUUACCUCUCUGACCGUCUCACUUCCUGUCUCUCUGGGUGUGGGAUCGGCUCGGUCAUAAAGGACCUCAAGCAACAUCUGAAAACAAAAAGUUAGGAGAAUAAAUAUAACACUUAAGCUGAAAUGGUGAACAAGAAUAACAAGAUCUCCCAAAAUUUUAGUGUCUGUUUUUUGUAGUAUCAUUGUCUAAGUUAAGCUUGGCACCUUGUUCUCAUGUCUGAGGCUAUGACUUAAAGGGAUAGUCCAGCAUAAAAUUAAGGUCAAACACACCGUAACACUGAGUUAGACAUCCCCUCGAGAGAUGAAUGUUGCAGACUGCUUGCUUCUCUAGUUAUACCAACUUUAGUAGCAACCGCACGAUAGCAAUACACAGCAGUCUACAUCUCCAUGCACAAACCUCGACCAAAAAGCCACUCUAUAGCCACAAAUAAUAUUCAGAACAGCACCUAACUUCAUCAACAGUACAUAUAGGGUCCCAACCAUUGUACUAGCCAUCAAAUGUCUUUUCAGCUUUGCAUGAUUUCUUUAGCAAAGAGACCAAACACAACUCACCUACUCUAUUUCAGCAGCCGUUUGUUUGUGGGGGGAGCCCUGACGAGUCAAUCACAGAGUGCAGCAAGUUUUGCAGACACAAAGGCAGAAGAAAUACCGCGUCUGCAGUGCCAAAUGAUUAUUAUCAUGAUUAUUACUUUAUGGAAAUGAUCCGCUGCACUCAGUGAUCGACUCGUCAGGGCUCCCCCCACAAACAAGCGGCUAAGAGAGUAGGUAAGUUGUGUUUGGUCUCUUUGCUAAAGAAAUCAGGCAAAGCUGAAAAGACAUUUGAUGGCUAGUACUAUGGUUGGGACCCUAUAUGUACUGUUGAUGAAGUUAGGUGCUGUUCUGAAUAUUAUUUGUGGCUAUAGAGUGGCUUUUUGGUCGAGGUUUGUGCAUGUAGAUGUAGACUGCUGUGUAUUGCUAUCUGCGAUUGUUACUAAAGUUGGUAUAACUAAAGAAGCAAAUAGUUGGCAACAUUCAUCUCUCGAGGGGGUGUCUAACUAUGUGUAAUGGUGUGUUUGACCCUGAACUAAUUUUUCGCCAGAAUGUCCAUUUAAGAUCUAGAAUCACCCGAAUAGCCAUUCCAGUCAUGAAGUACUACACUUGCUCAACAUUGGUGAUUAGACUUCACUUUGUAUUUUAGCUUGUGUAUAAUGAACAAUUGUCUGUAAAUCAGUGUUUAAUCCGUGUUGUUUCAUGUACAAGCUGCCCCAUACAAGUAACCCAGGGGAAGUAACACAAUGUGAUGUUAUGGUAGUAAUGUAAUGUAAUGUAAUAGAAUAGAAUAGACUAGAAUAGGCACAUACAUGAUACACGAUUGUAAAACAAAUUAAAGAAGCAGGAGUGUUGCAGAAAAAUGACACUCACUAACCUGGUCCCUGCUGGACUGAUAUGUCCUCCAUCCCGCUGAGAGGCUUUAGGAGACCGUUCUCUCUGAAGGCUAUGACAGACACUCUCUCCCCCUCCACCUGUUGUUGCUGCUGCUCCUCUCCUUCAGGAGGAGACAACCUGGAAUGUGAAGGCAGAACGAUCACCUCCUCAAACUCCCCGUUCUCCCUGGAAGAAAAACAGAAAGGAGAAAGUCCUUAUAUGUCACUCGUACUACUUUUGGGCAAUGCUCAAACACCUGUCAGGGUAUUUACCCCAGGUCAGAUUGGCUUGGCAGAGUGGUGUUUGGGUUAGGGUCGGCCUCUUGACCGUUGCUACUGUCUGUUGGUGAAGGGGUCUCAGUAGAUGGGCUCUGACUUGUAGGGGUCACUGAUGACAAGAGAAACCAACACAAAAAGCCUAUGCUUUUAAUACAAAAGAAACAAAAACAACAACAACAACAACGAUGUAAAAUAAUACUAGGAAAAAGAACAAAGUAAUUCAAGUCACCUGCAUUGUCACCAUUUCUAUUGGGAACAACUUUCUGAAGACAGGAAGGAUAGAAACAGAACGAACAUUCAGGAUCAGUAAUGGUUCCUCAGGGUACAUUGAGAUGCAGCCUAAAUCUGUCCCUCAUUAAUCCAUUACCUUCUCUGGAGCGUCUGAGCGUCGAGUUCUCUUCAUGAUCUCUUCCAGACGCUGAUGAAAAAAAGAGCAUAUAAAUACACGGUCAUGAGGAGCACUAUUGCACAUGUGUGUGAGAGAGCAUGUGCCACCUUUUUCCUUUCUAGACGCUCAGCCUCCUCUUUCUGGAAGUGCUUCUCUCUCUCCUGCCUCAGUCGCUCUGCUUCCUCUCUCUGUCGAGACUCUUCCUCCUCUUUCUAUCACGCACACACAAACACACACGUCCUUUUAGAAGGAUAGACUACAGCGCUGGUUCUGAGAAGAUUCAAGUUUGAUUUGCCCGACCUGUUUCUGGAGUCUCUCUGCCUCCUCUCUUUCUCUCUCAAGUCUCUCUUCCUCCACCUUUCUCGCUUCCUCCUCCUUCUUCCUCAUCUCCUCGGCCUUACGCUGAGCCUCCUCCUCUCUCUUUGCUCGCUCCUCGGCCUUACGGCGAGCCAUCUCCUCCCUCGCUAAUCUGUGCGGGCACAAUUAAAAAUCAAAGUUAAGGAUGAGGAUAGACACACAUAUCCACCUCCACUUGUCCUCUCCAGAUCACCGGCUCUUUCAGCUUACCUCGCCUGCUCCUCUUGCUGCUUGCGCUCCUCUUCCUCUCUCUCCCUCUGCUCCCUGGCCAAACGGCGAUUCUCAGCCAGGAUCCGACUCGCCUCCUCUGGGUCUGUGGUUCCUGCAGAGGGCCUGUGAGCUGGAGGACUGCUCACACUCUCUGAAGGGCAUAAAAAGAGCCAGUAAAUCUUACACAGCCAAAAAUAACAAAUCUCAAAUGUUUAUCCGUGUGUGAAGACAUAAGUAGGGGAAACUAACCGCUGGCCACUGGCGGUGGUGACAGCUCACUGCUACUCUUAUUCUGGCCCAGCGGCUGAGGUCGAGGCUGAAGAGGACCAAGCAUCUGCUCCUCUUCUUCCUCCUCAUCUUGCUCUCUGGUGGACUGGGGACUCUCAGGUGUGGCUCUGAAGGGACGCAGGUUUCCAGGGUCUUCUGGUCCAGGAGACUUCAGCAGUUUGGGGGUUGGGGGUCGCUCUGAUUUUUGAGGUUGUCUGUGCACAAAAGGAAAGCAGCAUUUGGCGAAUAAAACAGUGACAAAUAGGAGUGUCCCAUCGGUCAAAGUAUUAUUUUUUUGCUUAUAUCGGACCAAUAUAAGAAAAAAAAAGAAUAUUGAAUUAUAUCAGCCUGCAUCUAGAAUCUCCGAUAUCAGCACUCUGAUACAAGCAGUCCAUUCCAGACUGCUCCGACAACUCUAUCUAGCAGCGCCCUGAUCCAGCAUGCAGAGCCCACAUAAUCACAACAACAGUGUGUGCUAAGGUACUAACAAAGUAGCAAGGAGCAGGAGUGAGUCAGCUGUGUGGCAGUCAUUUUUGUUGAAGUCAGAAAAAGACGUUGCAGCUGAGUGCAAAACUUGUCAUGCACAAAUUUGUGCCAAUUUUGGAUCAAUAUUUGUAUUGGUCAAUAUUGAAGGCUACAAUAUUGGAUUAUAUCGAAAGUAAAAAAAGUUGUGUCGGGACACCGCUAGUGACAAAGCAUAUUCAAAUGUGACUCGACUGGAACCCUGGUUAGGAUUUAAGUUGUUUUACUUCCCUGUUUUACAUCAUUUCAAUCUCCUCAUGCACCUCAUUUCAUUGCCUGUCAAGAGUGUGUUCUCCUACCUGCCAGGAGAGGGCGCUGUUCCCCUGCUGGACUUCUUGCCUACGGAAGAGGAGCGCUUGGUGGGAGGAAGAGUCAGAAUGGGAACCAGCGGGAGUGACAGGUUACUCCAUGAUUUCCUGACAUUGUCUCUCUGCUUUUGUUGCACAAGAUGAUGGAGGGAAAAAAAGAUAAAAGAACAGAUGAGUAUUGAAAAUAAACAUGUAUGGUGUGUAAUGUAUUAGUGUCCGCAGUAACACACACACACACACACACACACACACACACACACACACACACACACACACACACACACACACACACACACACACACACAAUGAGCAGGUGUUGGGGACAGUGCCAGGAGCCAUGUGCCUGACUGACGGCAGCAGAAGAUGAUCAGAAACAGGAUUAGACUCAGUCAGCCUUCCUGUUGCAGAAUAUAACCUCUGGCAUCAAACCACCAGACUGACAUCAAACCCUAUUGUUGCAAACUCUCAAAGCACUCAAAGCACUUGCUCUGUCGUGUUUGUGUAGUUUGAUGUAAAGAGACUUCAUGAGUUGAUGAUGAAUGGGUUUGUCGAUAUGUGAGGACCACGCAUGUGUCCUUUGCUCCUUGUUUAGAGUAUAAAGACGCAGUCCUUCUAAGACCUUAAUGGUUUAAUCUGUGACUCUGUGGUGGCAGACAGAUGGACAGUAGGAACAGUGUGUGUGUGUGUGUGUGUGUGUGUGUGUGUGUGUGUGUGUGUGUGUGUGUGUGUGUGUGUGUGUGUGUGUGUGCCAGCCCAUCUCUGUGUGUUAGGAACUGAUCUAGACAGAGACACUGAUGCAUUGUGUCUGACUGAUCUGGGACAACGUCAACAUAAAAAGUUAAACAGGGGGAGAAGAAGAAGGGGUAAAAUGGGGUGACUUACUGAACGUGUGAGCCAUGCUAAAGAACAUAACUGCAAGUGCAUUAUAAAUGAUAAGUGCUGAUCAUGGUGUAGUUGAGUUUCUAGUCAAAAAAAGCUGCUGGGUUAAGACAUCACUCACAUGUGCGCUGCCCGUGGUCUUCCUGCGGAGCGUCUUAGAGGAAGACGAGGCCGUCUCCCUGCUCAGGCUCCUGUCGUGGCUGCGGCAGUGAGGAAGGGGCUGAGCCUGCAGGGUCUUGAAGGACAUGGAGCCCGUGGGGUGGCAGGACACUGAGCGAGGACACACAGGCAUGGCUACAGUGAUGUACAGGGUGGGAGUGUUUUCAGGAAGGUAUGGAUCAGAGCAGUGUGAGAAUUUAUGGAAUGGUUGGAAUGGUUCGAGCACAAAGCGGAUGAUUGGAAAGUAGAGGAGGGAGUGGCAGGAUUGAUACAAGGAAGCAGAGAGUUUGGGGUGACAAGCAGCGGUUUAAAGGAAUGAAAAGAGGAUGUUUGGUGGAAAGAAAAGAGAAAAGAAAGGAGCCGUUAGUACUACGGAAAGCUCUACUGUUAACACUUUGCAGCAGCAUCUCUAUAGAGUUCAGAGAAAUUACUGUUUUGCUUUUCAGAGAAGGGUUUAGUGGAGCCGUAGGUUAGAGAAAAACAAACUAAGAAAACCAAAGCAUUACUUCUUCAGAGAGUGGUGAGAAAAAAAACUACAAACUAUGAAUGGAUCAGACCCGACACCACAUGAGGAGUGGAUAUGCACCAAAACACAAGCAAGACUUGCACCACCACACACGCUAGAGAAAAUGUUAUAUAAAAGGUGAGAAGAGAAAAGAAAGAAGAUACAGGAUGUUGUGUGUGUCAGUGUGGACUCUUACACUUUUCUUUUUGUAUUUUUUUGCUACAUAUUGAAGCUGUAAUGCAGAAAAAAAUCUUUACAAUUAAUCUUCUGCUGAAUGUAUGUCAACAUAGGGAAUUUGAUUGAUAUUAUGAUGUAAAUGUUUUCAUGUUAUAGCCUCUCAAAUGGUCGGCAACUGACAAGAUUACAGCUUUUGAAACCGGCAGACUACAUACAGUGCAUCUGUAGUCUCUCUUUAUUGUCCCAGUAUUCUUCAUUGUCCUCACAGUUACCGAUCAGUCCAAAAAGAAGUGAACUGAUAUUUGUCUGAAUGUGUUUACCAACAUGGCCGUGAAGCUCAGCAACAGAGAAAUCAAGCCCUUCUGUGCAGGAUAGCCCACAAAGACAGGGGAACACCAGCCCAAGAAAUAACACAAAAAUCAGGAGACCUCCACAGGCAUGACUUUCUGCAGUUCUACUAAUCAUCUGUUUGUGCUUGAGUAAAAUCAACAGUUCUGUUUUGCUGUAAACAACAUUUACUUGAACUUCCCAACUUUCACAUAAAUGUUUUCUGCAGGAAAUGAAGGGUGAAGAUUUUUUUAACGAUUGAAAUUAUGAAGAAGAGAACAGGUUACUGUUCCUUUCUAAACAACAUUUUUGAAACUCAGAGAGCUGAUUUUUGCAUCUUGUCACAAACUGUGAAAAUUCAGAACUAAACAAAUGUAUCUGUCUAAUAUCACAUCAGACUUUGCAUAAGCCAGAUCAAUCAGACAACAACAGUUACACAUUUUAUUUAGGUACCAUUACGAGCAAAAACAGGCCUGUUAUUUCUCGUAAUGAGUCAAGACAGUCAGUGAAAUUUACUGAAAGUGGUAGAGUAAUAAGCUGAAACCCUGACUAAGGCCUCUCAAUGACCUUCACAAACAAAUGAGACCAUCAUUAAUAGGAUUUAUAAUCUCUGUUGUCAUUUUUAACGCUUGAGGAGGUAGGUGCUUAAUGCUUGUGAGGGGGUGGGUUUAAGACCAGAUGAUUGACAGCAGCCUGAAGAAACAGCCUUCUUAGAUUAUUUUCACAGUAAAUACUAACAGUGAGUGAUAUAUUUCAUAUUCAAACUUUGUCUGAAAACAAUACUUUUUGAAAGAACAGGACAUGAAAUAAGAGGUAUCACUUUGCCAACAGGGGGCGCCAAAACCAAUAUCAACCAAAGUUCCUCUUACAGCAGAGUAAAUACUUCUUACCCCACCAGCAGAUUUUUUUUUUCUUUUUUAAUUCAGGCCUUAUUUUUGCUUACAUUCUCUUCAAAUGAGAUUAAUUUCUAGAUUUACCUUUGAAUAUUUAAGAAAAUCAAAGAAGAUAAAUAAAAAAACAAGGCAAAAAAACUUGCUUAAUUUUUCACAGUUUUUCACAUAGCCAAAGGAUGAAGUUGGGCCUCUUUUGAUGCAAAUAUUUGGGCAGCUUGGCUUUGUCUGAUGGCUUUUAGGUAAACACAGACACUGGAAUGAAACUGCUACCAUGAAUACAGAAACACUGAAAAUCUGGAGUGGUCUAUUGUGAUGUUUCCUGAGCUGUGUAUUCACUAUCCUCACACUGUAGCCUCUGAUUUGAACUCCCUGCGUCACUCAAGGGGGAACACAAAUGCUGUCAUCAUGUUUUAGGUUUGCUCGUAGUACAAGAAGAGAAAAACUUACAAACUGCUAAUAGUUUUCAUGAUCUAUAUGAGGCCAUAUUUCAAACACUUUAUAUCUGGUGUAACUUACAAUAUGAAUGACAGAGGUUUUCAUACUACAACAGGAUUUUAAUGCACACUCUGGGCAUGAAAUCAGAGGGCAAGAGGCGCUGUGUUAAUAAGUCUUUUGAGAAUGCAAAAAGGUCCAGACUUUUGCGCUUUGACCCCAUCAAUAGGUGAGUGCUUCCCUAAACAGCUUACUUGUUUAGACCUGAGUGUGUGUGUGUCUGUAUGUGUGUGUGAGCAAGCUUUGGGUGCCUGAUACAGACUGGUGAUAGGAAGUUUCAGACGGUGUAAUGCUUUAAGUCUGUCGAAAUCUGAUUAACAUCCAAAACUGUUCCAGCUACCCAAAGAGGGCAAAAUAUAAACAACAUAAGGACUACUCCGUCUAAAGUGUGGGAUUUGUAGUUUUGUGUACACCUUAGCUUCUGACCAUGUGACCCAGGGGGGCGUCGACUAUGUACAGUGUGUAUACAUUACCUGUUUGCUCUCCAGACAGACUCAUAGCACUGCGGCUACGAGCUAAAUAGGAGUGAGUCGGCUGCUGCAAACGGUUGACCACAUUGCUCUCCCAUGGCGUCAAAGGAAGACGGCGCAAGCCUGGAUACACACACACACACACACACACACACACACACACACACACACAGGUCAAGUUUCAUAACUGCUAAAACUAUUACAGGCCACCGAUUAGCCGAAGCAGCCAGUCAAGCAGAUUAUAAAUGAUGCAUAAUUCCUGCAUUUGUUUCAUUCCUUCCUUUGCACUCCACAGCAGUGUAGGCGAGCACUAAGGUAACGUGGUUAACAUGCACAAGCUGCUCUGAUACACCUACACCUGCAUGCACCAGUUUGUUAAUUACGAGAAGGAGCAAACAGCCCGGAGAGUGCAAAACCAAGAGCAAACACAGGCAGGAGAGCAUUCAAACAGAAAAAGGGACACAGUGCAUUUGCAUUUAGAGAGAAGACUCUUCUUUUCAGCUCGUUUGAAGAAAUUAAUCCAGUUAAUCAUUCAGUAAAUUUUUUGUAUUGUUUUGCCAUGCAGAGUUUUGGUACCUGAGUAAGGAUGUUUGCAUACUGGAGGUGAUUUUUAGCUUAUUGACCAGUCGUGGAAAACGCAUCAUGCCAUAAUUAUAUGCAUGAUAACCACAACCAGCAAAAACCAGUUUAUCAGGCAACACAUGCAGCGCUGCGCUCCGCUAAAGAAGUAGAGUUCAAGGUUGCAGGUUACAGAGUGAGGGGCAAAGAUGCAACUGGGCUGAAAACUGUGCAAAGGAAUCCAAGUUUCUCUCCAGCAAUGACCGGUUUCUGGGUUGAUCUGUUCAGGGGUGUGCAGAGUUUGUCUUGGCGGCUUUAACUUUGCCACGAUAUAAUUUUAUGUCAACAAUGAUGAGUUCAUCUGUUUGUUGAAAUGUGGGUGUUGAAUUUUGUUCUGCUUGGAUAAAAACAGCACAAGUGUUCCCACAAAAACAAAAAGAUUAUCCAACAGAGGAUUAGUGAAAGGGGUCACGCCAGUGGGGGAAAAAAUUCUUGAUCCCUCUGGUGAAAACACACAGAAGUGCGGACACAUGAACAUGUAUGACACAUGUCAUUGCCAUGUGGAAAAUCCAUGUAUGACUGAAUCGUAAACACAGACUUUUACAUUUCCUUUCAAAAAAUAGAGCAGAGUUAAUCCUCCAGAUUGAAAGCAGCUUCAUGAAUCUUUCUCAAAUUCAGUGUUUUCUCAGUUUAUAUGAAUCGGCACACGCUGUGAUUGUUCGGUAUUUCCUUGACAGUUUUCAGCCCAUGACCUUUUCUGCUUUGCAGGAAUGUGUGUCUUUUAAAUAAUAUGAGGAACCAAACUGCAAAACAUUCUCAUAAGACACCUGUGUUUUUGUGCUGGGGCGUCUUUCCUUGGUGAAGGCGGGAUUUGGACUGAGCUUUGCUUAUAACAGGAGAGGAUGCUGUUCUCAUGUGUAAGCCUGUUAGUAACAUACAGACAUUAAAGAGCAUAUAAUCUUAUUUGCGGGAAAUUAGCACUCAGACACUACAAGAAAAACCUCACAUGAUUACUUUAAACAGUCUUAUUAAACCAGAGUUGUUGUAUAAGAGGAUCAAUGCCACUGCUAUAUCUGUCUUAACAUAAGGAUAUAUAGAAUGAUAAUGGUUUAGUCGUGUUUAAGCACAAGUGACACAUGCUGUGUUUUUAUAAGGUUAUACGCUGGACCGUUUCUGAGCUAAAGUCUCCAGCACCUGUAAAACUCCUGCCCUGACCGACUCCAUGACCAAAACUUGUCAUGAACGUGUGUUGAGUGUCGAACUGUGUUAUUGUUUUAGAUUAACCAUGAAGCCUUAAAAGUGAUGCCAGUGAAGGCUAAUACUAUUUCUGUCAGUAUUAUUGUCAAUGAAUAAAGUAAAUAACCCGUAUAUUCAUUCAGACAGCACACCUCUAUCUCCCCCCACUGUAAUAAAGUGAAGCCAAAAUACAGUCUUAAUUGGCACUGACAAAUUGCGCUGUCGACACAUAUUGUAACCAACAGAGAUCCCUCAGGUUGGUACACACAGUUUUUUUAGUGUUCUUGUAGGUUUUUAUACUUGAUUUAAAGAUUAUACUCAUCACUUUUAAAGCACUUAUGAGACUUGCUCUUUGUUUUCCCUCUAGAUUUCUACCCUGUUUAUUUGUUUCUUUAUGCUUAUUCACUUCUGGUCCUCUAGAUAAGUACUCUAGUUCCUGCGUUGCUCAGUUUGUUUGGGGUUUAUUUUAGCAAAUAAGUAAAUGUAAUUCAUAUAGCACUUUUCAUAGAUAAAUUCACAAAGUGCUUUACAACAAGGAUAGAAUGCGAUAAAAUACAAAGAUCACAACACAAUACAUAUAACGGUACAGAUACAGGCUACUUCACAGAGGCCUCACAACAUCAACAUCAGUUAAAAGCCUGUCGAAAAAGAUUUUUUUUAAGUUUCCUCUUAAAACGUUCAGUAGACUCUAUGCUGCGCAAGGUCAAAGGUAGUGCAUUCCAAAGGCGAGGGGCACUGGCCUGGAAAGAGCAGUCACCUCGUGUUUUAAAACGGGUGUGAGGGACCAUCAAGAGUUUCUGGUCUGAUGACCUUAAUGAACGUGAGGGGGAAUAGGGUCUCAGUAGCUCAGUGAUGUACAAGGGAGUUUGAUCAUGGAGGGCUCUAAAUGCAAGUACUAGAAUCUUAAAAUGAAUCCUAAAAGGGAAUAGAAAAUUGGGGCGAUAUGGUCCCUUUUUGUGGAUCCAGUUACAAGCCUUGCAGCGGCAUUCUGUACAGUUUGAAGGUGAUGUACAGCCUUUUUGUAAAAACACAUGAAAAGAGCAUUACAAAAGUCAACGCAAGACUAUUAGACAAGACUACUCUGGGUUUUUAUGAAGUGUUUCUUAGCUUGAUUUAACAUGCUCUUGAUUUCUUUUUUCGUUUUCUGGGUUCUUAUUAUGUUUUGGUGAAUUUUCAUGGGUUUCUAUCUUGCUGUUGUUUUUUUCUUUAACACUUUGUUUUCUUUAUGUGAACUUUCAAAGUACUUUGUACACCUCAGUUUUUAUAAGUGUCAUUCCAAUAAAGUUAUAAUUUUCUUUCACUGUUCCCUUUCUGCUCUGAUAAUUUGAUAAAGAACCACAUUUGCUGAUAGAGCUGUCGAUCAUGAUGUCCCACCCCUUGUUUUUCACAUCAUUUAACUAUUUAAAACUUGUCUGUAAGAAAAACAUCGACUCAUGCGCCACCUGUUAUAACAGAGGAGUUUAAAGAUCUAUACUGCAAACUGACUCUAGGGGAAGCUCUAGAUGUUUUAGCUUCACUUUGUGGGAGGUGCUGUGCUGUCUGCAUUUUAUAAAGUCUAAAAAUUAAAGAGACAUCAGCGAGCCACUUCACUGUCACAAAAGAUCAGCUUACAAACACAAAUGGCAUGCUGGCAAAGUCCGAUGUCACACAUUGAUACUAACAUGAGUUUGAGUACAAUGAUCAGACUUAUUACCUCUGUCUGGAGAGUGCAGGAGUGUGGCAGAGGAGGAGGAGAGACGUUUGGAGAUGACAGGGUCCGUAUGUUUUGAUAGAUUCAUUGUGGAAACUGACCGUCUGUCAGCAUCUAGAAGAAGAGAGAAGAAACAACAAAAGAAAAGUCAUAGUUUUAAUAGCCUGAGGUAGCAAGUGCUCGCCUCUAAACUAUUUUUGUUAAAUGAUGUUAGAGAAACGACCAACGUGUUGCUAAAGGGGAAAAACUUAGAAAAUGAAUUAGAGCUUUAUGUCAUCUAAAAGUGAAACUAAAAUGGUUUAAAAGCUAAAGUGGUUUAAGGACAGAGUCUGUGUCUUAGGAGAUAAGUUAAAGAUACAAACUGGACCGCUACAUGGAUCACUAAUCAUGCCUCUCACAUUGGCCUACAUACACACUAAUGCAGGUGAGCUAGAACAGCGCCGUACAUGUACAAUACUAGAGCCAGCGGUCUAACACUGGCUGGCUAAAUGACACAUUUUUAUCAUAUUCACAUUUAGAGGUCAUUCCAUAUCUGCGGUAGAGACUGAGAGCACCCUGCAUGUGCUCCAGUCCAGCAAGGUCGAAUGGACAGUGGAAAAUCGACUCGACAAAACCUGGACCAGGGAAGGGGCAAAGGCAGAGAAACAAAGAGCAGAGAGGAGGAAGAGGAAGAUACGAGGGUGAAGAAAGAGAGAGAGAAAGUGAGCGAGAGAGGUCGAGUUUGAGAAUAAGAGAGAGAGAGGGAGAGAGGGAGAGGCAGAGCAGGGUGUGAGUCAGCAGUAACAACAGAGGGAACGGGGAUCUGAAAAGUUCAAAUGCAAACAUGGCAGAACAAUAUUGACACGCAGCAGCAAGCAGACAUAUUUACACAAGAGACACUCGGUUAGACAUCAGGGAGAUGAGAUAUCAAUAGUAUUCAAUAAACCUGAAAGCACUGAUACAUUCAGGAGGCAAAGUGUUUCAACAAUACAACAAAAAGACAGCCUGUCUGAACACACACUGCACUGCAAUGACUGUGGGAGGGGGAUGCACCAAGGUGUGCUGUGUGUGAAAGUACCGGCUGGUGUGCUGGUAGUGUUUGGGUGCAGGGUUCCUCCCCAAGACCAUCGGUUAGACUUUUGUCUGGUUCUCUGGCUCCUCUCCAGUGUUCGACGAAUCACCGCCUCGUGACGAGCCUUCAGACACAAAAAUAACAUUAAUGACACAUGAAGUCGGCCAUCAGCACUUAAAAAAACACAGAGAGAGAUAAUGCUGCAGCUCUCUGGAAAGGUGUUACUCUGGCUGGAGUUUUAUCGGUGUGUUAAUGUUUGGACAACUGUCUACUGUCAGGAAGCGCCUUUGAGGAUUAUGCAGCUUUCUCAGAAUGAAAGUAUGGGAUCAUAUAAAAGUAGGGUAGCUGAUGUUCAGUGUCGUAAACAUUUGGAGAAUGGCAUUCCUGUGGACAUUUUAGUGGUGAAAUUAUUACAGUUUUCAACAGCCGAUGCUGAAUGUCAUAAUAAGGGAGCAGGCCAGUUUAUACUGUACCAAAAAUUUAUCAGUUUGAAAAUUUGAACUCAGAAACCUCAUCUUGAAAACUUUUAUGUGCUUAAAUGUCUGUCUAGUCAUUUUGUCUGACUGUGAUUUUGGUUACUGUAACAAUACAUUUUCCUGCAAAAGAUUAGUAUUAUUUUUACCCUAGCCUAGCCAGGCCAAUUGACCACUGUGUGAGGGUUUUCCCUCGAAGACCUGUUUGCAUCUCUACUAAUUAAAAAAAUCCAGAUUUUAACUUCUUGCAAAUGUAAUAGGUUUGUGCUGCAUAUGGGUCAGUUUGCCAAAAAUACCGUCUGAGGAUUUAUUCUCGCAUUUUUCUUUUCUUUGAAGGCAGAUUUAUUGACAUAAAGAAACGUGAUAACGCUGUAGAUCAAAAGUCCAGAUAUUUAAAAGUCCUUUUUUUAUACCCUCAAGAAGGCUUUGUUGCUACAAAGUCAUCAACAUGCAGUUUAGGGAUGAGAGAGUCAAUUACCAGUUCUUAUUUUUUAGAACCUGUCCCAGUGAUUAGAUCCCUAAGAAUUGUUUGUCUGCCUCCUUAAUGAUUCUGUUUAUCGGUUCCUCUCACGUCUUUAUGCGUGAUGAUGUAGUAUGCAAGAAGUGUGUUUUGCUUCAGAACUUUACAGACUGGCGUCAUGCGUUUGGCAGGAUUUCACACCAAAAGAUGAUACUUGGGCUACUUGCUGCACUUGCAAAGCUUUAAUUUUGUUGAAGGGGGGAAAGACUUCCGAUAUGCCGAACAUUUGUCCACUCAGCAUGCAAUUAGUUUGCUGAAGUGUAACAUGUUUGAUACGCUACUUAGUGAAGGCAAGACUGGUACAGGCAAAAGCAGGAGCAGAGCUAACGUCGCGGCAUCAUCUGCUUUAAAUGCUAAGGGUAAUGUUUCACUCCUCAAUUUCCUGUCUGUUGUGUAGAUGUUAGCGCCACGUUUACCCUCUUUCACUUUAUAAAUACUCUCCAUUUCCUUUAAUUACAUUUAGAUGACGAUGACCGCCAGAGUCAUACUAGCUCAGAGGCUGGCUCUCACGCUGGCUUAGAGGCUGCAGCAGGUAGCUCUGGCACACCUUUGGCAACCUCUUCCAUCGAGGCAGGGAAGAGUAAAAUGACAGAGGCAAAGAUGAACGAAUGUCACCUGAGCUGUGACCAGAUUUGUGGUCACAUAACAAAUUAUAAGUGCAUGAAUAUGGCAUAUCUUCUGUCCAAAGGUGACAAUAUUAAAGAAUUAAUGCAAACAAACCCAUUUGUAUUAUCUUAUUUCUCACUCAAUGAGAAUUGGAAAGGAAUCGUAUCGAUAAGCAGUAUCGAUAAUGAAAUUGGAAUCGCUAAAUUCUUAACAAUUCCUAUCCCUAAUGCAGUUACUGUGAACGUCUGACUAAUUGCUGUUCCAGUGCCCAUUAAAUUCACAACUCAACAAUAGCUGGACAUCCUGUUCAUCUUAGAGGCAAUCACUGACUUCUAAACAGGAAACCUGCUGCUCCUUUAAGGGGACACGCUCCAAAAUACACUGGACUCAACAACCCAGCUCCAAAGAAAGAGCACUACCACACAAAGAAAGCUGCAGCAAGACUGGAUGAAAGUCCUGUGGCUUUUGAAGCAGGUUUGCUUGAUUGACAGAAAUCAGGGCCUUUCAAUUUCAUCUGUUGGGGACACCAUAUGGCCUCAUUACCAAACCAAAAUUCUAAUUUAUUUAAUAGCUUUCAAACAAACAAACAAAAAAGCAAAAAAAUACACCAUAUUAAGUGCAACACAAACACCACAUCCUGAAGUCUAUCAUGUUCGUACAAGAGGGCAGAUAGAAGUUGGCAAUAAAGUUCAAACUCCACCUGACAAAAGUGGGAGGGGGCGUACAGCGUGUAAAUGGUUAACUCCAAACCGAUAUCUAUUAGCCUGUUCAUA